AUAUGUAAGUCCGUACGUCUCGCUCUUUUCUAACAAUGCAAGUCUACUCGGGAGAUAACGUACCAGAUGUACGAUACUUUCGCCGGCCUACAAUCUGCCCCGAGACCAUAUUUUCAUAUCGUACAGGAAUUUCUUUACUCCAAGACUCAGCUACUGUAUAUUGCCAAUUUUCAUGCCAAUUUUCUUCUCUAUCCUCGCAAGCACCAACUUUGCGACCUUCUACCUCAUCCGAACAACACCGGAGGUGUGAUCCGAUCUUCCGUAGCUCCCAAGCAGAUGGAUUACACCGGUGCAGGACCACGAAAACAAAAGCGAACCAGUUUACUCCUUCCCCCCAAGAAUCUAUCAAUUCAGGUCUCUAACCAGUACAACAUGCUCGCAUGGUUGUGCUGGAAGAGCUUUUGCCUCUUUUUGUUCUCAAUUGUUUUCUUUGUUUUUCUUGUCAGGAUCCAAAAACCCUCAAUGCUCCUCGGGUGAUUCACGCUCCUCACAGAAACUUUCAUCUCGAGCCUGAUAUAGCUCUUUAUAGACUCUCUACACCAUAGCUCGGACAGUUCCGAGUCUUUGACAGUCUCUCACAAAUCCAACGUUGCUCAUGAUACCAAGACUCGUACCCAUGAUUGUUUCCUUGAUUUGAUCUUUGCUGGCACCUUCAAGCUUUAUAAAAUGCUAGCAGCAUCAGUCUAUCUUG